AUGAUUGGCAAGGGCGGGAAGAACAUGGCAGAGUUCGAAAAGCUGACCGGCUGCAACGUGCGCAUGUCUGUGGUGAACGUGUGCUUUCCAGGCACCUUGGACCGAAUGCUGGCCGUGGGUGCUACCUCCCGUUCAGGCCGGGUGAAGGCGCCGCCCCUGGCGCAGUUUCUGCGGCGCAGGGAGGCGCAGCCGCAGCCCAGCUCCGAUGACAAGGACACAGUGGGUGUGCAGGAGGCUCUGAGACACUUCCGCAAGGAGGAGGAGAAGAAGGAGCGGGAGCGCUUGGCUCCGAAGGAGUCCUAUCCAGACUUCCUGACGGUCAAGGCGCCGCCGGCGGAGUACCUGGAGGAGGUCCGUGAGCGGCGGCUGCGGCUCAUGGCGCAGGAGAAAGCCCGGCGCCGGGCCAGGGGCAAGGGCCGCCUCGACGGGGCGGAGCUCGCGAGUUCGGCGCAAUCGGGGAGUGACCCUUCGGCCGGAAGCAGCCAGACCGGAAGCGAACCAACUGGUCUGGGAGGUUACGUGUACGCGCCCACAGACCUUGCGGAGCGCAAUGCGGAGGCGGCCUUUGCUGCGCGGGUGGCGCGGGUGGCGCGUGAGGAUUGGGGCCAGGUGGGGCAGAGGUCCAGAGACCCGGCGCCUGCGCCCUUGCGGAGCCGCAACGACGACUUUGGGGGCGCCUGGACGGAUGUCGCGGGCCGGGAGUACGAGCUCGCGCAGAGCGGCUCCGUGGUGACGGUGGUGGGUGAAGGCGACGGCGCUUGUGGCCUUGCCAUGCGCAACGAGCUCACUAUGUUCGGGCGCAUCGGCACGCUGGUGGACGACCUCAUCCGGUGGUCCGAUGGCUCCGUCUGGGCGCGUCAGGACGCGGCCCCGGCUUCCGCCGGAUCCGGCGGAUCCGGCGGAUCCGCGCGCGCGAAGAACCCGCUGGGCGCGGCCAGCUGGAAGGCGCGGCGCCUGGCGCCGGACCUGGCGGAUCUCUUUGCGGAGGACGGCCCGGCCUCGUCCAGUCGUGGCGGCAUAGAGGAGGAGCCGUUGCCGGAGCAGCGCCUGUGGUUCGCGCCGUGGGUGGGCAACGCCGGCCUCUGA